AUGAAGCUCAUUUCUGUCGUCGUUGCCGCUCUUGCAGCCACCAGUGCACAGGCCGGAGUUUUACAAAAAUGGUGCGCACUGCCUGCUCAGGGCUGCUACAUGCUGAAACGUGCCGCCGAUGCCAGUGGAGACGUUCGACGUUCUGCUGAGGCCCUUGCUGAGGCCAUGCCUGAUGCAGAAGCCUUGGCCAAGUGGUGUGCCCUUCCUGGUCAGGGAUGUCUCAAGGCUAAGCGGGCUGCUGAGGCUGUUGAGGAAGCCAGACGCUCCGCCGAUGCCCUUGCAGAUGCCAUGGCAGAUCUCGAGGAGUACUAG